AUGGCUCAUUCCCAGAGCCCAUCUACUGCUACGGCAUUCAACUCUCUACCCAUAGAGCUCAACAAGGCCAUCGCCCAUGAACUUCACGACGACAAGGACAUCGCGACGUACACGGCCAUCUGUCGUGCUACCAACGAUGCCAUCGACGCCGACAACCUCUCCUUCUGGCGCGCAAAGUAUCGCGAGAAGUACGACUUCAAGGCCGGAACUUCCAACCUCAACCUGCGUCGGGUAUAUCAGCGUCGCUCCCGACUAUUCAGAUGCGGCCUUCGUUACAAGUUCCACUAUGGGACUCGUCAGGGGGAGAAGCAGGUCAUCAACAUGAUCAAAGAUAUGAUCAUCGAAUCCUUUCAAGGAGUUACCGAAGUUGACGAGCAUGGCCGUCUCCGCGGCAAGAACCACGCCCACAUUGUCGACUUCAUUCUCAAAUCCCACAUCCUCAACAACGAUCGACGUGCCCCUGAGACCCAAAAUGGCAAGAUGCCGUAUAUAGAUGAUGGGCUUGCCGCCAUCCGGCUCAUGUGCUCGCAGUUCAUCUUCAAUUUGGAAGGCUUGCGACAUGAUGUCUUAGCUUUCGACGACUCACAGCACGCUGUCUACCUCUCAUCUGACAAGGCCCAGCUCUUCACCGGAGAUGAUCAAAACAAGUUGAACCUCAGGUGGAUGCUACACGCUAUGAACUUCUUCCGCCACCACAUGAUGAACGAAGAUGCCCAAACUUUGUUCGACAGGAUCGAUGAGCUAGACGUUACCCAGAAGCCUUCAGCAUGGCGAGAACAACUCACUGACGGAGCCAAGCCUCUGAGCAGGUACUGGAAGGGCACCUACUCUUUCCUCGAGAACAUUGAGGUUCAGAAGCUGCGCAAGCAAGGUCCAGGCCGGCAGGUCUUCAUUGACAAGAACGUCGACGAGGGCAAGAUCCAGUCUCUCGAGCUUGCUUUCGCGGAGGACAGUCGCCUACCCGAUGGUCGCAAGCUCCCAUGGCCACCCGUCUUCGAAGACCGCCUCCGCUCGCUUGGGAAGGACGCUGGAAAGCAGCAAGGCAUCAAGACUCAGGGUCGGAGCGCAACCGCCAAGACAGCUACAGGGGGCAGCAUUCAGUUUGAGGGUAAGGGCGAGGACCUCGAAGAUGAAUACAAGGCCCUCGGCUGGCUCAACCCGUUGCCCCCUCAAGGCGGUGUCCCCGGCUGGCAGCGCAUCACCUUCAUGAAGCACUUCACUGAGGACUACGACCACCCCAACGAGGACAAUCUCUGGGCGUACGAAGGCGUUGUCUUGCCCGGUGGUCGCAUCAUCUUGGGCCGCUGGUGGUUUGCAUCAGAGCCAGGUCGUAAUGAUACGGAGUACAACGGCCCCUUCAUCCUCUGGGCGGUCGACGAACCUGACUUUGACGAAGACAUCAGCGAUAAUGAGGGUGUUUGA